AUGGAAGAUGACACUGCCGUGGUGGCUGAGGGGCUAGACCUUGCAUCACGGGCAGUAGGAGAGAGUGAAGAGACAGGGAUAGAACGGGUACCAGAAGGCCCAGCCUACCAGCCUGGAGACCGAGCAGACGACAGCCAAGCUAGGGAAGAAGAGAUAAUGCCGGAAUCACCCCAGCCAGAAGCAGAGAUGGGUGAUACAUCUAUUGAAGAACAGGAAACGGAAGCAAAGGAAGCAGAGCCGGAAAUUGAUGUACCCGUCCCAGUAGCGCCACCAGUAGUAAAACCGAAGGCCGUCAAGAAGAAGUUGGUAUUGAAGGGCGAACCUAAGGCUAGUCGGCCAAAGCCGCAAAGGGUGUCACAACGAUGCUUGGGGAGGUGGGCAGCAAGUAAAGCCAAAGCAAACACGGCAGAGAAUCCGGAGGAAAUUGUAAGCGAAGAGCAAAAGGACACUCCCAAAAGGACUGGGGAUGAGCCUAUACAUGCUACUGGCUUAGAAGAUACCGCGGUUUCUCCAGCACAGAGCGAGCAAGGCAAAGAAACUGAAAGGGUGGUUGAGGGUCUGGACCUUGCACCCGAGUCAGUAGGGCCUGAUGGAUCUAAGAAAAUCGAUGCUCGUGUCCACGGAGAGACCACUUCUACUGCCCAAGAUGAGUCUCUACUUCAAGCGGAGGAGGAAGCCAGAUACCAACAAGCCAGAAAGAGGAAAGGGAAGGCCCCGAUUCAAAGAAAGUCGAUAACCAAGAAGUCCAGAGUGGUGAACACUGGAAUAGUCAUCACUGAAGCUGCUCGGAGAACACCACCGAGCCGACAGGAAUUGAGCGACAGUGAGUAUGCGGUCAGCGAGGAAUCAGCCUCCGACAGCGAUAUCUCUUUGGAGGAUGAAGAGCCGAGGAACAACUACUUCUGGACGAUCAUCGCGAACUUGUACAUCCCCCAAUAG